AUGUGGCCAUAUAUCAGUGAUUAUGCGCGGGAAAUAGUGUUGCAGAAUGUCGAGCCUGCGGUUUCUGCCAACCUUCCGACCGCACUGAAACCGUUCAAGUUCAGUACAAUUGAUCUUGGAGAUACACCUCCACGUAUUGGUGGCGUUAAGGUUUAUAUGGAGGAAAGCAUUCAUAGAGAUGAGGUGGUUAUGGAUCUCGAUGUAAUGCUGUAUAGCGACGCUAGAAUCAAAGUAUUAUGUGGAAAAAUUAAAGCUGGUAUAAAGGAAUUCGAACUUCGUGGCACGUUGCGUGUGGUAAUGAAGCCUUUGAUACCGAAAGUACCGUUCACAGGGGCAGUAACGGUGUGUUUUCUUGAUAGUCCGUACAUUCAAUUUUCUCUAACUGAAAUGGGCAACGUCUUUGGCUUGCCAGGCUUGCAGCAAACUCUGACCGGUGUGGUUCGCGAUGUCAUCAAUCAAUUGAUUGUGCUUCCCAAUCGACUGCCUAUCCAACUUGUGGAUGAUGUGGAUUGUCAACGCCUCAAGUAUCCAAUGCCACAGGUGCGCAGUUUGUCUCAAUCGGAAAGCCAUGUCUUCGUCAGUUCCACUCUCACUAAGUGCCUGUAUUCAUACCACAUGUUUUGCACUGUACCCACUUAA